AUGGCCGGACACAUCCUGGAGGCGGUGGCAUCUUCCCAGGAGCGCCGCGGUCUGUCGCUGGCCGGUAUCAAGAAAGCGCUGUCGGCCGCCGGCUACGAUGUGCCGCGGAUCAAUUCGCGGGUGAACCAGGCGGUGCGGAGCCUGGUGUCCGCAGGCUCGUUGCUGCGGACGGCGGGCGCUGGGGCCUCGGGCUCCUUCAGGAUCAACCGGCAGCAGCACCACGAGGACGGGCAGAACCGCCCGGUGCCAGCAGCGGCCGCCGCCGCUAAUUCCAAACCCCGCGGUCGGCAGCGGAAGGUGGCCAGGGGCGGCGGCCGGAGGGGCGGCAGAAAGAGGAGCCCGGCCAGGAAGAAGCUACCGCCAGGCAGCCGGAAAAAGGGCAGAAUCGCUGGCGGCAGGAGGAAGGCGGCCAAGGGAACCGGGGUCCGGAGACCUAGCGGUCGGAUCCGGGCGCCUCGGAAAGCGGGUAAGGAGCCGUCAACGGCCGCUGAACCGCCGCCUGGAGGACAAGAAGCUCAACCACAAACGGGAGGAGAGAGCGGCUCCGAGGACCCUGAACCUGUGGCUGGGAAACGCUGA